AUGCGAAAACCACUCUUUCCCUCUCCACUCUCUCUCUCUCUUUUCUCCUUUUUCUCAUUAUUUUUUUUUCCUUUACUCUCACCCUAUUUCUCUCUCACCCUAUUUAUCUAUCUCUUUUUUUCUCUCUGUUGUCCAUGCAGAGGAGUCAAAGCACUGGAGUACAUUGGAUUCCUUACAAAUCUUUUCAUUGAUUCUUUCUUGCGUUCGUUCGUUCGUUCUUUCUUCUUUCUUUCAUUCUUUCUUUUUGACACUCCUUUUUCUUAUCUCUCUAUAUCUUUAUCUUCAUCUUCUAUCGCUCUACACCUUUCUCUCCUUCUCUCUCAUUCUAUCUCUCUAUCACUCUAUCUCUCUAUCUAUCUAUCUCAUUUUGCUAUCGUUUCUCAAGUCCUCUAUAUUCUGUUUCUCUCUACGACUUCUCCGCUUAUCUGCUUUGCUUUUUCCUUCUUUCUCCCUCACUCUUGGUUCACCCAUAUCUCUUCCAUUGACAUUCUACCUUAUUUUCGUCGUAUCUCCCUCCCUUUCUAUCCUACCACUUUACCCCUAUGUCUAUUAGUUUCUAUCUCCCUCUCUAAUUCACUUCCUCCUGUCUUUAUGCCCUCCCUUCCACUCUUAUUCUGCCUUAUCAUCGCCUCUCCCACCCUCAACUCUCACGCCAUCCAACCUCUCUCUCUCUCUCUCUCUCUCUCUCUCUCUCUCUGUCCGUGUCUUUCUAUAAAUCUCUCCUUCUCUAAUUCAUUUUCUCUUGACUUUAUAGUCCCUCUUUCUUUCAUUCAGUGUUAUUUUAUUACCUCCUCCCAAUCUCUCUCCUCCAACUUCUCAAUCUCUCUCUCUUUCUCUCUCUCUCUCUCCCUAUCUCUUUCUAUCUAUCUAUCUAUCUAUCUAUCUUUUGAUCUCUCUAAUCAACUUCCUAUUGGCUUCUUGAUCGCAGAGAACGUUUUCGCACCCACACAUCGUAUAUUCUUAACCCCUUUCGAUUCUUUCACAUUGUUCUCUUUCUCUUCGGUAUUAUUUUCAUCAGCAUCAUCAUCUUUCUUUCUUACUGUCUUUACUUCUUUUCUUUCCUUCUUUCUUUACUUCUUUUCUUUCCUUCUUUCUUUACUUCUUUUCUUUCUUUCUUUAAGAAAGAAUGAAGGAAAGAAAAUUCUUUCUUUACUUUUCUUUUUUACUUUUUACUUUUUUCUUUUCUUUCCUUCUUUCUCUCUUUACUUUUUCUUUCUUUACUUUCUUUUUUCUUUCGUUUUUUCUUUUCUUCUUUCUUUGCUUCUUUUCUUGCCUUCUUUGCUUCUUUUCUUGCCUUCUUUCUUUCUUUCUUUCUUUACUUCUUUUCUUUCUUUACCUUUUCAUUCCUUCUCUCCAAAUUGA